GUUCAUCGACGAAAACUACAAUGUUUAGGCCAUCAAGAUGAAGACCUUCUUGAGAGGUAAUGAUGUGUGGGAAUCAAUAGAGAAGGGCUUUAAUCCUCCAUGGUUACCCCAGAAUCCAAGUUUGGCUCAAAUCAAGAACCAUGCAGAUUAUGUUGCAGGAUCCUACAAAGCUUUGUCUUUCAUACAAAGUGGGGUUUCUGAUGAAAUUUUUCCUAGAAUUAUGAGAGCUGAGACAGCUCAAGAUGCAUGGGAAACUUUGAAGAAGGAAUACAAAGGAGAUGAAAGAGUCAAGGGCCAGAACAUGGUUACUCUCAAAAGAGAGUUUGUUAUGUUGAAGAUGAAGGAUACAGAGACUGUUCAUUAAUCUUCUGCUUCAAGAAGAUUGAAGGAGGUUAAGUUAACCUUCAACUUCACAGCUUCACUUACUUUCUUCUACCUUAACAAAUUGGUUGCAUCCUUUUGUCAACCACUUUCAAAGAUUGAAGGACCUAAAGUUAAUCUUCAUCAUCACAGCAUCUUUGCUGCAUUUUUGGUCAGAGGAGUUUGCUGUGUUGGGUAAAAAAAAAAAGGUAUUUUGAAAGAAAACACUUGCUAGUAGCCAUUUAGGUUUGGUCGAAGUUUGUGGUGGUAGAUUUCCCUCAAAUCUCUCUCACACAAGCCCUCAAAGAUCAUGAAAGGCUCUGAUAUCAUGUUGGUUUUUUUUCACAAAGAAAUGAAGAGAGCAAAU